CACCAAUUGGCUUUCAGCCCCCAGAGUUAACGUGCGUUAUUACCAGCGAUGCGGAAGGUCGUCGGAGACAGAGCUUACCCCUUUCGCCACCAACACACCAACCUCUUCCCGCCUCCGACUCCUGAUCGCCCUCCCCUCGGAACCUGCUAUGAAGAGUUAGGCGAAGAUGAAGAUGCAGAGAUCCCGAUGAUAUACUACUCCCUAUUAAUCCAAACACCCCCAAAAAUACCUUAUGUUUCUGCAGUUCCAGAACCAAGCACGCCGCCACCUUUCACUUUCGAUAUGGAGCGUCCUCCCACUCUAUCAUCAACCGCACCAGCGAACCUCACAGGUCUACUACAAGAUGUGUUGGGAAUAAUGAACACGAUAAUGGAUUCGCGAGCCGAGGUAGGGGAGGAAGAUGCGAUCUUGCAAGAGUUGACUGAGUUGGUGAUUGUCAUGCAGGAGGAGGCUGAGAUGCUGGUUGAGGUUCGCGAUUUGAUGAAGGAAUAUUGUGAAGGAAUGGAGGUUGAGGUUGAGGUUCGGGAAAUGGAAGUGUGGUGCUUUGAGUUGGGGAUUGGGAAUGAGGAUGGAUUGAAUAAGGAGACAGAGGUAAAGAGGUUAGGGCAUGGAAGGGGGGAUUCCAGGCGGGGACUGGAUGAUUAUGGUGAUGGUAACUUACUAGGUGAGAAGAUUGAAGGAGGUGAUUUUAUGGAUGACAGGAGUUUGGAGGAGAUGAAAGCACAGAGUUGACUUGUU